AUUAUGUUUUGUGCAUACGGUAUUAAUGCGAACGAAUGGGCUUGGGAAGUGCAGUGAUGAUACAAUAAAGCUUAUCUCUAAACAUGGAACUCGUCAUCUGUGUGGAGGUUUAAGAAUGUUCCACAGAAUGCCCCGUGGCACACUAACCGCAUGCCGUGCCUUGGACAUCCCUCGGCCCAUCCCUUGAUGACAAACCAUACUAUCCGUAGCUGGCAUCCGCUCGUGAUCGUUUUGUUCGCGAAGUGGUGCGCGACGACACCGCAGAUUGCGCGGUGCAUACUGCUUUUUAGUACGCGUAAAGGACCGGUGGUGAGUGGACGUCGUAGUGUACGCCGUGAUUCUCCUCGUGCUUGCCUUUAUUCCCGUGACCUUUGCCGGUUCGAUCGACGGGCAGCUCCGUGGACGACGGCCGAAAGAGAAAGUUAUCGCUUUGGCGCUCGGUGUUGGCGCGUGGUUUAAACUGAGGUCCCUGAUAGUGCACAGCUUAUCUCGUAUUUAGGUGGCUAGCAGCAUGGAGAUGAAAACGAUUGUCAAAAAGCAAAGCAUUACGACCACUCAUCCCGAUGGCGAUGCUGCUGUUGAAGGUGAUGGCAGCGAAUCGAAGGAGGAAGUCGGUUCCCCGAUUGUAGUGCCUCAAACGGAUGCUAAUCCUGCGGAUACGCUUAAACCUGGUUCGGCUAUCCGGCCGAUAGUUUCAGAGGACGAGGUGCGCAAGUUGGCCGAGCGUUUGUACGGCAUAAUUGUGCUGGAAAUGUGCGAGCUCGUUUCGUAUGAUGAUCGUAAUUUUAUGAUCCAGGCCGACAGCUAUGUCAAGAACCCAAUAUUGAAAUCAAUCAACGCUGGCGGUUACGUGAUGAAGAUAGCGAAUUCGCUCGACUCGCAGGAUGAGUCGUUCUUCGAUGGGCAGAACGACAUCAUGCUGCACCUCAGCAAGCGUGACAUCAAAUGUCCGGUACCGGUGCAGAACAUUUACGGCAAAUUUUAUUCUCUAGAGAAGCUGGCUGGUUCGGAACAUGUCGUACGGUUGUUGGAAUACAUUCCGGGCAAAGUGUUCCAUGGUGUGCCGCAUCCGGAUCGACUGUUUUACCAAGCCGGACAAUUUAUAGCCAGAAUCGAUUCGGCACUCAAGAGCGUUGAUAAAGCUAAAAUCCUGAACCGACAGUCAAUUUGGAUGCUGGAGAACUUCCCCAAGCUGAAAGAUUUCGUUUACGUAAUCAAAGACGAACACCACAAAGACAUCAUCGAGCAGGUGUUGGAUGCAUUCAAUCGACGAAUCGUUCCCAAUCUGCACGAGUUCCAGCAGGGUGUAAUCUACGGAGAUUUCAAUGAGCACAACAUCAUCGUGAACAAGAAGGCAGCGGACAGCAAGGAGUAUGAGAUAACGGGAAUAAUCGACUUCGGAGAUGUUUGUUACUCACGGUAUGUGUUCGAGCUUGCAAUCGCCAUGACUUACAUGAUGCUGGAAUCGAACGAUCUCGAUACCGGAGGCUUAGUAAUGGCAGGCUACAGUAUGAUACGGAUUAUACCACCGCACGAGAAGGAUGUGUUGAGGGUAGCGAUCGCUGCCCGAUUUUGUCAAAGCCUGGUGCUGGGACUGUACACGGCAACAGUGGAUUCCAGCAAUCAGUACAUCCUUUCGACCCAGGCACGUGGCUGGAAUAUGCUAGAAGCUUUGUGGAAGGAAUCGGAUAAAGAUAUUCAAGAACGUUGGGCAACGGUGGCAGAAGAAUAUCUUACACGAAGUACCAAGUGAUUUUAAUUGUCCUCCCAUAGGAUGUCCUAUGCAUCCAUUUGUUUUUGUUGUGGGUGGUGUGCUGAGCAUUUUAAAACUUAUUAUAACAUCACACGUGAGCAAUAUAUUAUAAGCAAUAUCUACACUUAUCAAUUAUACACGCAAUGCAGCUAUUAAUCCACAGCAAAAUUAUGCCUUUAACUGUACUGUAACAGAUAAUAGUGUAGCCUUCUGAACAAUAUAUCUGCUGCCUUUUUAAGCAGUAAUUGUAA